AUUCAAUAUUUUUGGUAAUGGAUAAAAACAAGUCCUUAAUCACAACUGCGGAUACUAAGAAUGAGUCUCUCCGUUUGCUCGAUACUACAAUGCCUAGUACUGUAGUACAAGAGUAUACAUUCGAGUCUGGCAUGAGGUCUCAUUCAAACUUUAUUUCAGACUCUAAGACAGUGAAUGAUGAUUGGAAGUAAGAGCUAUAUUAAAGUUAGUAAGAGGAGCGGGUUCCUUGUGACACUAAGCAUCAUUGGAUGUAUGAUGGGCGCUCAGACUUACUCAUUACCCUAUGCUACCUUGCAGACAGGUCUCUGGAUGAGCAUCGGGAUAAAUUUGUACAAAUGCAUCAUUGGUAUAAUUUCUUGAAAAAUUCUCAUUGAAUGCCAAUUAAUGUCAAAAUGGAACCUACCAGCAAAGAUCGGAUAUUAUUGAUUUGGUAGAAGCAGCAUUUUUGUUAUAUGUAGCUUGAUUGGAAUUGGAGGCAUCUUUCAGUCUGCAGCAUAUUUUAAGGUUUUCUCAGAUGUUUUCAGUGUUUUAUUAUGUAAAAUAGAUAAUGUCAGUCAUACGUUCUGGUGCUCAAAGUUCUUCGGAACACUUAUUCUGUUUUUAAUCUUGGUAGGAAUUACACUUAAGAAACGUUUUUCAGAUUUGAAAUAUCCAAGUCUCAUGCACAUGGCAGGCAUAAUAUUUUUGAUUAUAUUCUUAACAGUCCAGCUUGGGCUUGGAAAUGGGAAAGGUAUUCCUGGCCACCACAUACCAACGAUACAUUGGGACCUUGGUUUUCUAACUAGCAUGCCCACAUUUCUCCUUGCUUAUGGUUGCCAAACGUCUUUUGUUCCAUCUAUGAACACUGCAAGGAACAGGGAUCAUGGUAUGAAAAUCGCAAUUGGUGCGUUCUCUUCUAUCUUCACCAUCUAUACAAUAAUCAUCUGUAUUGUUUUAUAUCUCUAUGGCGAAGACGUUAAAGAAAACUUCUUGCUGAACAUCGAAACAAGUUCUGAUGUGUUCUCAAUCUUGAUACUAUGCAUGUUUUUAAUUACAUCUACGAUGCAUAUUCCAUUUGUAUUCUUUCUCGGGAAAGAUAGUACAUUGACCAUAGUAGAUGAAUUAAUGAGAAGGUCAUACUCCAAAGAGCAGGACAGGAGAAUGACUAUUAGGGUAUUGAACCCAACGAUAACUAUCAGUCCAGACACGCAUACAUCAACUGCUGAUAAUUACUUGUCCAUGAAUCCAGUUCAUUACUAUUGAAUAACAAUUUUGUUAUUUGUAAUAGUUGCUUUAUGCUCUCUAGCCAUCAGGAGCAUCACGUUUUUCCUGAGUAUAGUGGGCUCAAAUGCUUCUACGCUUGUAGUAUAUCUGCUACCUCCAGUGCUUUAUAUAAAGUGAUACCAUAUCUCACAGAGGAAGGUGGAUUUUGAACCAAAUGAUUAUCAGCCCAAAUCUAGAGUCUUCUUGGUUGUCUCUUGGAUUUUUAUAGUCAAAGGACUGAUCUUCUUGGUUCUCCUUAAUUUUGUAACUUUUUAUACCCUCCUUUAG